UUUAGACCUACAGCAGCACCUUUCCAACGAGGGUCAGUUUACGAGGUUUAUUCUUAUAUCUGGACUUUUUCUUUUAAGAAGAAUUAUUAGUUAAUAAACGCAGUUUUUUUCCUAUUCAAGAAAAAACUCUAUAGCAAUAAUUGUUUUAAUUCAUAAAGGGACACUUUAAAGAUGCUCUGCGUUUUUUUCUCGCUGACCUUGUGAAGCGAAAGAGGGGGAGCAAAGGGUUCAGGAUUUUCACGUCGACAGCAGAGGGUUUAUUGGAGAGGCAGCAGGUCAGUGUGAACGAUGGCUGGAUGCUGUGUCUCUGCGGAGGACAGAGAGAACCAGAGGAUCAACGAGGAGAUCGAGAAGCAGCUGCGCAGAGACAAGAAGGACUCUCGCAGGGAGCUGAAGCUGCUGCUGUUAGGCACUGGAGAGAGUGGAAAGAGUACCUUUAUCAAACAGAUGAGGAUUAUCCAUGGAGGAGGAUACACAGAGGAGGACAAGAGGAGCUACGCCAAACUGGUCUACCAGAACAUCCUCACUUCCAUGCAGGCCAUGACCCGAGCCAUGGAGGCGCUUGGCAUACCUUUUGGUGAUCCCAAGAAUCAGAGUAAUGCAAGCCUAGUCCUUGAGGUGGAGGUGGAUAAGAUUGAGGAGUUUGAUCAAGGCCUUGCAGCGGCCGUCAAAUGUCUGUGGGACGAUGCCGGGGUACAGACAUGCUAUGACCGACGCAGGGAAUACCAGCUGUCCGACUCCACCAAAUACUAUCUCACAGACCUGGAUCGAAUUUCUCAACCCUCUUAUCUGCCUGACCUGCAGGAUAUUCUCAGAGUCCGAGUGCCCACCACGGGUAUCAUUGAAUACCCCUUUGACAUGGAGAAUGUCAUCUUCAGGAUGGUGGAUGUGGGAGGUCAGAGGUCAGAGAGGAGGAAGUGGAUCCACUGCUUUGAGAACGUCACCUCCAUUAUCUUCCUGGUGGCGCUCAGCGAGUACGACCAGGUUCUGGCUGAGUGCGACAACGAGAACCGUAUGGAGGAGAGUAAGGCCCUGUUCAAAACCAUCAUAACUUACCCCUGGUUCCAGCGCUCCUCUGUCAUACUUUUCCUCAACAAGACUGACAUCCUCAAGGAGAAAAUCAUGUUCUCUCAUAUAUCCACCUACUUCCCAGAUUUCACAGGACCUCAGCAGGAUCAAUCAGCAGCUCAAGAUUUCAUCCUGAAAAUGUAUCAAGAACAAAACCCGGACAAGGACAAGACGCUGUACCCUCACUUCACCUGCGCCACGGACACAGAAAACAUCCGCUUCGUCUUCGUUGCCGUCAAAGACACCAUCCUCAGACACAACCUGAAGGAGUUCAAUCUGGUGUAGAGAGGGGCAGGAGAGUUAGAUUGAAGAAUUACAUUAAACAAAAUGUUACAGUCAAUUGUCUUGGCUUUCUAAACAGUUAGAUCCACUGAACUGAUGUAUGGUUUCUUUAAUCCAAUGGUUUAAUAAUAAUAUUUUGUGCCUUUUAAAAUCCAGCCUAAGAGAAUAUGAACAUUUAACUGACAUACCCAAACUAAUGUCUCGGUAGGUUAGUGUCUCAGAUGCAUUGUUUGUUUUCUUGUGUACUGUAGUUUCCGUUUUAGCCUUUAUAGAAACGUGUUGUAAUAAGUUUAUAUAUGAAAACGAGUGUGAAGUAAUAUCUUUGACCUGUUGUGUGGGCUACUUAUUUUAUUAGGGAUCCAAGUAAAUAAUCUAUGCUCAUGCAAUCGAGUCGCUUUAGUCAGAAAGUCUUUGAUUUCAUAUUAUGUAGAAUUAUUUUUCUAUCUCUGAGCCACGUGUCGGCUUAUUUACUCAGGUCACACAAACAAUGAGUUUGUUUAGAUGUAAAUAAUCCAAGUUGUGCUUUGGAGGACUCUACUCACCUGUUACUUUUCAAGAGAAGUGGAUGUAUUUAUGGACAUUUUCAAUAAACAAUUAUAGAAAGAGUGCAA